UUUUCUAUUGUUGGUCCAUUCCAGACCUGUGAUUAGUCUAAUUAAUAACCCGACCUCCGGUCUUGGUAAACCAAAUUUGCUUAUGGAUCGAACGUUCAAAUGUUGAAAAUAAUUAACAGACUGUCCUCUUACAUUGUCAGAAGAAAGUGCGAGAGAGAAAGAUAUACGCGAAAUAUUCGUCCUCCUGCGCAUGCGUCAAACUCGUUGCUUUUUGCUUGACGGAGAUUUAUUGAAUAUUAACAAAAUAUUAAAAAUGUGCAGUGCACGUUCAAAUAGUGUGUAUUGCGUUUUGUGCGGCAAUCGCGAGAAAUCUGUUUCCUAUCAUAAAUUUCCCAAGCAAGAGGAAACUCGCAAGCAGUGGCUAGCAUUCUGUGAAAUCAAUGAACGUGUUCUUAACACGGCAACUAGACUAUGUUCGAAUCAUUUUCAUGAAGAGUUCAAGAAGAAAGUUAGUAACGGUAUAGUGCUAAAACCCAAUGCUGUACCAUCCAUUUGUGCUAAUAUGAAGAAUAAUGAAGUACAUAUGAAGAAUAAAAUGUCUAAACAGUCAAAUUCUGCUCUUACUGAAGUUUGUGGUAGUACAAAACAGAAAUAUGAUGCUAUCGACAAAGAAAACUGCAAUGUAUUAGAUACAGAUACUUCAAUGAUAGUGGAUAACUCAAUGCAGAGUUGUGAAAGUGCUCAGUUGUCAAAGCGCAAAACUCCGAAGGCUAUAUCUCAAUCUUGUUUCGAUAGAAUACCAGAUUCAGCUGCGACAGCUGAAAAACUGUCUCAAGAUGUCAAUUGUGGACCAUCUACACCUGUGAGAGAUAAAGCUACCCUAUGCUUAAACGCUAGGGAAACACCUACGAAGACUAAACAUUUUCCUCGUUAUGUAAAUGACAUAAAAUCAUCACAUUUAGCUUCACGUAAGAAUGCUCAAAGAGCUUUAGAGAUAGCAAAAAGAACUAUUGCACGUCAGCAACGAAAAAUAAAAACUCUGCAGCAAGCUCGCAAUAGGUUAACUACUCGCAUCACGUGGAUGAAAGCUUUAAUAAAGCAUUUGAAAAAGAAAAAUUUACUAUUUAAAGAGACUGCUGAAUUUUUAAAGGUAAAUAAAAUCUGUAUAAAAGUAUGAAGUCAGCUUCCUUUU